AUGGAGGACUGGGAAGAAAUAAUUCUCUUUGUUAGGAAGGAGAAACCUAAGAAUAUGUGGGAUGAUGAAGAUGUAGAUGAAACUAGUGUGAAAGAUUCAUGGGAGGAUGAAGAUGAACCUACUCGAGCACCUAAGGUCUCAAAAGAGAAGAAAGCAAUGGCUUCCAAAGUAUCAAAACAAGCCCUUAUGGAAGAAGCAAAGACUAAGAGUGGUGAAGAGAAGAUCAGUCUUAAUAAUUUAAUACCCAAAACUGAAAGUGAUUUCAUGGAGUAUGCAGAACUUGUUUCUCAUAAACUCAGAACAUGUGAGAACAGUUUCUAUUAUAAGGGUCUUCUCAAGACACUCAUAAGGCUAUCAUUGACUAAUCUUGAAGCAGUAGAUGUGAAAGAAAUUGCUUCUUCUGUAUCAGAAAUUGCAAAUGGAAAGAUCAAGGCCGAGAGAGAACGCAAUGCGGUUAAAAAGAAAACUCGUGCAAAGAAGAAGCAGCAGGUUCAGGUAGAUAAGCCAUAUGAUGAUGCAGUUAUUAAUGCUUCUGCUCUGGAUGAUGACUUUUUAUAA